CGUCCUUCCACGGAAAGACUUGCGCAAUAUGUUUCCCAAUAAACCGUUUCAGGAAGAGAUCUUUUCUCAUGAACGGGCGGAAAUAGACUAGACCUACUGGAAAUGAAGCCACUCUUUUAGGAUUAACAUUAAGCAAUUUGGCGAUAUGGUUUAUUUGAUCUUUCUCAUUGUGGGGAUCAUCCUGUGUGAAACAUCUGGUUUCAAUCUUAAUUGUACAAACGACUAUGAAACAUUGAUGUCUUGUCACAUCGAUGCGCGUAAUUGCGCAGAACUCAGAAUGACCCUCAACGACACAAAAAAGCCCAGGAAGACGUGCUCUUUUCACCCGUGUGUUGGAGGAUGCUGCUGCAAAAUGGAAAUGACAGACAAUGAACUCAGUAUUGGCAAUGCAUUUACUGCAGAGGUUUAUGAAAAUAGACAAGGAGUACACAAGCAAACAAUUAAAAUAUAUGAAACCAUAAAACCCAAAACUCCAACCAUUAUUUCUGUGGACAAAUUAAAUGGACUGUACAGAAUACAGUGGAAAACAAAUGCAAAAAUGUUAAUGCGUGAGGAACUUUCCGCCAUUGUGACAUACCAGAAAAAAGGAGAUAAUACUAAGAAUAUCAUUAGGGUAAAGCCAAGUCAAAUUAAAGACAUGAACAAUUGUGAAAUACUUGGUCGUGAUUUGGAGCCAAAUACAACAUAUGUGGUCAAUGUGAUUACCUACACAAACUCUAAUGUGUUUAGUGACAGCAGUCAAGAGGUGGAAUUCACAACAGAUUCGUCCCAAAAUGGUCUGUUCAUUGCAGCGAUCAUAAGCCUAUGUGUUAUUGCAAUUGCUGUCAGUGGAGUGUCUUUUGUUUCUUUUAUCAAGUUAAAAGGAAAGCUAUGGGACAAAGCUGCGAGAGUUGAAAAGCCAAACCUUCUGAAUAUUAAACAUAAGAAGGAAGUGCAGAUUCUGACACCGGAGUUGCUGUCUGUGUACUCUUUAAGUGUUGAACCACUUAUUUCAAAAGACAGUCUGAUGUUGUCUAAGGAGUCCCUGUCAGACAGCAGUGGCAGGUCAGGGCAGAGUAGUGGCAUGAGUUCAGCCUCGUCUUCUUUGGGCUAUGCCAACACACAACCAUUCGACAGUGAAGCAGGUGUCUUGGAAGCCCUACAAAAUGCCUUCCCAUUGUCUAUUCCAAGUACAGACACACUGGGACAUGGAGAACCCAGACAAAACUGGGUAAUUCGUCCAGAUGAGUCUCUAGUGACCUUUGAAAAUGAAAGUUACAUCAGUACCCUAUCUCCACAAACUACAGAUGAUGUUGAUAGGCAGGAGAUGGGUGACUCAGGGUACCAUUCAAGUGACGCACCACCGCUACAAGACUUUAUUAUUCCUACUCAUGUUUCCACUACUGACAUAGACAUGUCGUAUCACCCAUGUACUUUAUCAGAAGAUGCCUCUAAUGAUCUGUCACCUCAGAAAUCCCUCCCAGUAGUCUAUGGUUGCCAUGGCUUGGAGAAAGUACAACAGUCCAAUAAUGCGCUAUCAGAACACAAUAAUGACUGUCAAGUAUUGCUAUCUGGAUUGACAAAUAUUUCAAAAACUUCAGAGGUGGGCCACUUUCAGAUAGAAAUCCCUCAUGUGUCUAAUGAGAUGAUUGUAGACUCUGGUUAUCAUUGCGUUUAAUGUAUUUUGCUGUUCAUUUCACACACAUUUACCUCCAGCCAUCCAUUUCAGCAUCAGUUUUAUAUAGCGCUUUUCUGGACACUCAAAGACAUUUUACAGAUCAUUAUUCACUCACUCCAUAUUUGAAGGUGGUAAACUACGACUUCUGUAGCCACAGCUGCCUUGGGGCAGACUGACGGAAGUGAGGAUGCCAAUCUGCGCAUUUGGCCCCUCUGACCACCACCAUCACUCACGCACACACCACUUUCAUAGUAGGCAGUGUGGGUGAAGUGUCUUGCCUAAGGACACAACAAUACUCUAAAUACAUUUAUUUGUAUUUUAACCCUCCUACACCCCUAGGUAAUUUCUGUGCUUUUUUUCGAGAUCACAUUAAUUUAAUCACAAUAGUUACACCCGUGGUCCUAAGGUGUAGUUUUGUCCCAUUGACUUCCAUUCAAAAUGGCUUUUUUCACUGGCAUAUCUUUGCCAGUGUAUUUUUACUUUUUGAUUUAUUUUUCAUUCUUUGGUGUUGAAAACCCUUCAAAAUGUUUAAUUUCAGUGUCUUUUUGAAUUUUUUGAUAUUUUUCUUUUUACUGUGUAUCUUCCAUUUCAAGGCUAUAUCAAUAUAAAGACAUUUCAGGGUCACAGUGAUCCGAAGAAAAAAUGUUUUUCCUUCCUGCUCUCUUGGGGCCAGGCGAGAAAAUAAAUGUUUGGGUCUGAUUGACCCACCCCAAGACAGCGGGAGGGUCAAUGUGACCCCGAGGAGAGCGUGAGGGUAAAUAAGUCCACACGCCUCUAAUGAUCUGUCACCUCAGAAAUCCCUCCCAGUAGUCUAUGGUUGCCAUGGCUUGGAGAAAGUACAACAGUCCAAUAAUGCGCUAUCAGAACACAAUAAUGACUGUCAAGUAUUGCUAUCUGGAUUGACAAAUAUUUCAAAAACUUCAGAGGUGGGCCACUUUCAGAUAGAAAUCCCUCAUGUGUCUAAUGAGAUGAUUGUAGACUCUGGUUAUCAUUGCGUUUAAUGUAUUUUGCUGUUCAUUUCACACACAUUUACCUCCAGCCAUCCAUUUCAGCAUCAGUUUUAUAUAGCGCUUUUCUGGACACUCAAAGACAUUUUACAGAUCAUUAUUCACUCACUUCAUAUUUGAAGGUGGUAAACUACAACUUCUGUAGCCACAGCUGCCUUGGGGCAGACUGACGGAAGUGAGGAUGCCAAUCUGCGCAUUUGGCCCCUCUGACCACCACCAUCACUCACGCACACACCACUUUCAUAGUAGGCAGUGUGGGUGAAGUGUCUUGCCUAAGGACACAACAAUACUCUAAAUACAUUUAUUUGUAUUUUAACCCUCCUACACCCCUAGGUAAUUUCUGUGCUUUUUUUCGAGAUCACAUUAAUUUAAUCACAAUAGUUACACCCGUGGUCCUAAGGUGUAGUUUUGUCCCAUUGACUUCCAUUCAAAAUGGCUUUUUUCACUGGCAUAUCUUUGCCAGUGUAUUUUUACUUUUUGAUUUAUUUUUCAUUCUUUGGUGUUGAAAACCCUUCAAAAUGUUUAAUUUCAGUGUCUUUUUGAAUUUUUUGAUAUUUUUCUUUUUACUGUGUAUCUUCCAUUUCAAGGCUAUAUCAAUAUAAAGACAUUUCAGGGUCACAGUGAUCCGAAGAAAAAAUGUUUUUCCUUCCUGCUCUCUUGGGGCCAGGCGAGAAAAUAAAUGUUUGGGUCUGAUUGACCCACCCCAAGACAGCGGGAGGGUCAAUGUGACCCCGAGGAGAGCGUGAGGGUAAAUAAGUCCACACUGAAGGCCAGAGACGUAGAUAUUUGAGGUUAAAAUGAUAUGGAUGAAUUCUCGAGGAGUCCCAGAGUGCACCGAAUGUGUUUGUUAGUGUGAGUUUGUGUGUGCCUGUGUGCGUGUACAUUUUCAGGUUUCUGUCAUUGUUUAGACCUCUACUGAUAAACACUGAAAAUAUAUUUUUUAAAAGCAGAGUAAUUGCAAUUUUAUUUCACUCUAUACUUGUUUUUCUCCUGUCAAUAUGUUGAAAUGUGUUCAAAGUUAUACAUUUGACUGUUUUUUGUCCCAUGCAUGUGAAUAUACACACACACAUCCACUUUUAUAGGGGUACACAAGGGUUAAAUUGUUACAGUUUUUGCCAUGCAUUUUCUAAAGCACAUCCUCUGUAUUUUGUAUAGCUGUGUUUCUGUGUUUUUCUAUAAAGUCUGUUUUUUUUACAAUGUUGCACAUUAUUUGGCUUACAAAAAACCUCAAAAGCAUUCUUGUCAUGACAACUAUGUAUUUAGGAAAGAUAGCUUCCUUGUUGCUUUCUCUAGAAAUGCAACUGCCAAACCUUUAACAAAGAAACUUGGCUCAAAUCCAGAAAAUGUAAUUUAUGCUGAUACAUUUGUAAAUAAAAUGUUUCUGAGAUCC